AUGUCUAUACCACCCUAUUUACUGGGCCCAAAUCCUUGGGCCCAGAUGAUGGCACAACAGCAAGCGCAUGCUCAGCUAGCUGCUGCGCAAGCUGCUCAUGCUCAAGCAGCAGCAGCAGCGCAGGCUCAAGCAGCACAUCAUGCUCACAUGCAAGCUAUGAGUGGAGGAGGACCUCCAUUGCCUCAACCACCUAAACAGCCUGAAACGGCAAUAUCUGAAGAAAAGAUGCAGGAAAAGGCCCAAAAAUGGCAACAACUACAAUCAAAACGUUUUGCUGAGAAACGAAAGUUUGGGUUUGUUGAUGCUCAAAAGGAGGACAUGCCACCUGAGCAUAUACGAAAGAUAAUAAGAGAUCAUGGAGACAUGAGUAGCCGUAAAUAUAGACAUGAUAAGCGAGUUUAUUUAGGAGCUCUCAAGUACAUGCCCCAUGCAGUUAUGAAACUGCUUGAGAAUAUGCCGAUGCCUUGGGAACAGAUAAGAGAUGUCAAAGUAUUAUAUCAUAUUACUGGCGCAAUUACAUUUGUAAAUGAAAUACCAUGGGUUAUUGAACCAGUAUACAUAGCACAAUGGGGAACUAUGUGGGUUAUGAUGAGGCGAGAAAAACGUGAUCGUCGACACUUCAAACGAAUGAGGUUUCCACCAUUUGAUGAUGAGGAACCUCCAUUAGAUUAUGCUGACAAUGUUCUUGAUGUAGAGCCGCUAGAGGCCAUUCAAAUUGAGCUGGAUUCUGAAGAAGAUUCAUCCGUUGCUUCAUGGUUUUAUGAACACAAACCUCUUGUUGGGACAAAAUAUGUUAAUGGAUCAACUUACAGAAAGUGGAAUUUAAGUUUGCCAAUGAUGGCAACAUUGUAUAGGUUGGCCAAUCCACUUUUGACCGACUUAGUAGAUCACAAUUACUUUUAUCUGUUUGAUCCUAAAUCAUUCUUCACGGCUAAAGCUUUAAAUAUGGCAAUUCCUGGAGGACCCAAGUUUGAACCUUUGGUAAAAGAUUCAAAUGCAGCCGAUGAAGAUUGGAAUGAAUUUAAUGAUAUUAAUAAGAUCAUUAUCAGGCAACCAAUUCGUACCGAAUACAGAAUUGCUUUCCCAUAUUUAUACAACAAUAUGCCACAUUUCGUGCACUUAUCUUGGUAUCAUGCACCAAAUGUAGUUUACAUCAAAACUGAAGAUCCAGAUUUGCCUGCAUUUUAUUUUGAUCCUUUAAUAAAUCCUAUUUCUCAUCGAAAUUCAUUAAAGACCAUGGAACCAACAAUAGAAGAGGAUGAAGACUUUGUUCUUCCCGAGGAAGAUCAACCAUUCCUCCAAGAAACUCCACUUUACACUGAUAAUACAGCCAAUGGUAUAGCUUUAUUAUGGGCACCUAGACCAUUCAAUACCCGAUCUGGCAGAACAAGAAGAGCAAUUGAUAUUCCGCUUGUCAAAGCGUGGUAUCGCGAGCACUGCCCACCAGGACAACCCGUGAAAGUCAGGGUUAGCUAUCAGAAGUUAUUGAAGUAUUAUGUUUUGAAUGCCCUAAAGCACAGGCCUCCAAAGCCACAGAAGAAGCGAUAUUUGUUCCGUUCCUUCAAGUCAACUAAGUUUUUCCAAACGACGACGCUUGACUGGGUAGAAGCUGGCUUACAAGUAUGUCGACAAGGUUACAACAUGCUUAACUUGCUGAUCCACAGAAAAAAUUUGAACUAUCUUCAUCUGGAUUAUAAUUUCAACUUGAAACCAAGUAAAACAUUGACUACCAAAGAAAGAAAAAAAUCUCGUUUCGGAAAUGCUUUCCAUUUGUGUCGUGAAAUUCUUCGCCUGACAAAGUUGAUUAUUGACUCUCAUGUACAAUAUCGUUUGAACAACGUUGACGCAUUCCAACUUGCUGAUGGUCUGCAAUACAUCUUUGCUCACGUUGGACAAUUAACUGGAAUGUAUCGUUACAAGUAUAAGUUAAUGAGACAAAUCAGAAUGUGCAAGGAUUUGAAGCACUUGAUCUACUACCGAUUUAAUACCGGUCCAGUUGGUAAGGGUCCUGGCUGCGGAUUCUGGGCUCCAGGCUGGCGAGUUUGGCUCUUCUUCAUGCGUGGAAUCACGCCGUUACUUGAACGAUGGCUGGGUAAUUUACUGUCCAGGCAGUUCGAAGGUCGACACUCUAAGGGAGUGGCGAAAACAGUUACCAAGCAGAGAGUAGAAUCUCACUUCGAUCUUGAAUUGAGAGCAUCUGUCAUGCACGAUAUCGUCGAUAUGAUGCCUGAGGGUAUCAAACAAAACAAAGCAAGAACUAUUCUGCAGCAUCUCAGUGAAGCCUGGAGAUGUUGGAAAGCAAACAUUCCUUGGAAGGUUCCUGGGCUACCAAUUCCGAUUGAAAACAUGAUUCUUCGUUAUGUGAAAAUGAAAGCUGAUUGGUGGACUAACACCGCUCACUACAAUCGUGAACGUAUCCGACGUGGUGCGACAGUUGACAAGACUGUGUGUAAGAAGAAUUUGGGACGUUUGACUCGACUUUACCUGAAGGCUGAACAAGAACGUCAACAUAACUACUUGAAGGAUGGACCUUACAUCUCGCCAGAAGAAGCUGUUGCCAUUUACACGACAACUGUGCAUUGGCUUGAAUCAAGAAGAUUUGCUCCAAUUCCAUUCCCUCCAUUGUCUUACAAACACGAUACAAAGCUGCUGAUCUUAGCUUUGGAAAGGUUAAAGGAAGCUUAUAGCGUCAAAUCCAGACUUAAUCAAAGUCAACGAGAAGAACUGGGACUGAUAGAGCAAGCUUACGACAAUCCUCACGAAGCUUUAUCUAGAAUUAAGCGUCAUCUUCUGACGCAAAGAGCUUUCAAAGAAGUUGGUAUAGAGUUCAUGGACCUGUAUAGCCAUCUCAUCCCAGUAUACGAUGUAGAACCACUAGAGAAAAUUACUGAUGCAUACCUUGAUCAAUAUUUAUGGUAUGAAGCGGACAAACGUCGGCUGUUUCCACCAUGGGUAAAGCCAGCUGACACUGAACCACCACCGCUUCUCGUGUAUAAAUGGUGUCAGGGUAUCAAUAACCUUCAAGAUGUUUGGGAUGUCAGCGAAGGCGAAUGCAAUGUCUUACUUGAGUCGAAGUUUGAAAAGCUUUACGAGAAGAUCGAUUUGACGCUGCUCAAUCGUUUGCUGCGUUUGAUUGUCGACCAUAACAUUGCCGAUUACAUGACAGCCAAGAAUAACGUCGUCAUUAAUUACAAGGACAUGAACCACACCAACAGUUACGGUAUCAUCAGAGGUUUGCAAUUCGCCUCUUUCAUCGCUCAGUACUAUGGACUUGUAUUGGAUCUACUGGUACUUGGCCUACAGAGAGCCAGUGAAAUGGCUGGACCGCCGCAAAUGCCCAAUGAUUUCCUCACCUUCCAGGACGUUGCAUCAGAAACAGCUCAUCCCAUCCGUUUAUACUGCCGCUACGUCGAUAGAAUUCAUUUAUUCCUUCGGUUUACGGCGGACGAAGCUCGGGAUUUGAUUCAGCGUUACCUGACUGAACAUCCCGAUCCGAACAAUGAGAAUAUCGUCGGAUAUAACAACAAGAAAUGCUGGCCUCGAGAUGCUAGAAUGCGUCUCAUGAAGCACGACGUCAAUCUCGGCCGUGCUGUGUUCUGGGACAUCAAGAACCGUCUGCCCCGAUCAACCACAACCGUGCAAUGGGAAAACAGUUUUGUCAGCGUCUACAGCAAAGACAACCCUAAUCUACUCUUCAACAUGAGUGGAUUCGAAUGUCGCAUUCUACCCAAGUGCAGGAUGACUCACGAAGAAUUCACUCACAGGGAUGGCGUGUGGAAUUUGCAAAAUGAGGUGACCAAGGAGCGAACAGCUCAGUGUUUCCUGAGGGUCGAUGAUGAAAGCUUGCAGCGUUUCCAUAACCGUGUUAGGCAGAUUCUCAUGGCCUCCGGUUCGACGACGUUUACUAAGAUCGUUAACAAAUGGAACACAGCUUUGAUCGGUCUGAUGACGUACUUCCGCGAAGCCGUGGUCAACACACAAGAGCUUCUAGACCUGCUUGUCAAGUGUGAAAACAAAAUUCAGACACGUAUUAAGAUUGGUCUUAACUCGAAAAUGCCCUCGAGAUUCCCUCCGGUCGUGUUUUACACACCGAAGGAGUUGGGGGGACUGGGUAUGUUGUCAAUGGGACACGUGCUUAUUCCGCAAUCAGAUCUCAGAUGGUCCAAGCAGACCGAUGUUGGCAUCACUCAUUUCCGUUCUGGUAUGAGCCACGAUGAAGAUCAGCUGAUUCCCAACUUGUACAGAUACAUCCAACCAUGGGAAUCGGAGUUUAUUGAUUCUCAGAGAGUAUGGGCUGAGUAUGCACUUAAAAGGCAGGAGGCCAAUGCACAAAAUCGCAGGUUAACAUUGGAGGAUCUUGAAGACAGCUGGGAUCGUGGUAUUCCUAGGAUUAAUACACUGUUCCAGAAAGACAGGCACACGUUGGCUUAUGACAAGGGCUGGCGUAUAAGGACGGAGUUCAAACAAUAUCAGGUCUUGAAGCAAAAUCCGUUCUGGUGGACUCACCAACGUCACGAUGGUAAAUUGUGGAACUUGAAUAACUAUAGAACUGAUAUGAUUCAAGCACUUGGCGGAGUUGAAGGAAUUUUGGAACACACUCUGUUCAAGGGAACAUAUUUCCCAACAUGGGAGGGUCUUUUCUGGGAAAAGGCGUCUGGUUUCGAAGAAUCAAUGAAGUACAAAAAACUUACCAAUGCUCAGCGAUCUGGUUUGAAUCAAAUUCCCAAUCGUCGAUUCACUUUAUGGUGGUCACCGACAAUCAACAGAGCUAACGUGUACGUUGGUUUCCAAGUGCAAUUAGAUUUGACAGGAAUUUUCAUGCACGGUAAAAUUCCAACGCUAAAGAUCUCGCUUAUUCAAAUUUUCCGUGCUCACUUGUGGCAGAAGGUCCACGAGUCAAUCGUCAUGGAUCUUUGUCAAGUAUUCGAUCAAGAACUCGACGCUCUUGAAAUCGAAACAGUGCAAAAGGAAACCAUCCAUCCUAGGAAAUCUUACAAGAUGAAUUCUUCCUGUGCUGACAUCUUGCUCUUCUCCGCUUAUAAGUGGAACGUAUCCAGGCCGUCCUUGCUUGCCGACUCUAAGGACGUUAUGGAUAACACGACAACACAAAAGUAUUGGAUUGACGUGCAGCUCAGGUGGGGUGACUACGAUUCCCACGAUAUCGAACGAUAUGCUCGAGCUAAGUUCCUGGAUUACACUACAGACAACAUGUCCAUCUAUCCGUCUCCUACUGGUCUUUUGAUAGCCAUAGAUUUGGCUUACAAUCUCCACAGCGCUUACGGUAAUUGGUUCCCUGGCUGCAAACCACUCAUACAACAAGCCAUGGCCAAGAUCAUGAAGGCAAAUCCUGCGCUUUACGUACUUCGAGAACGUAUAAGAAAAGCGUUGCAGCUAUAUUCUUCGGAACCCACUGAGCCUUACCUAUCGUCGCAGAACUACGGAGAACUGUUCUGUAACCAAAUCAUCUGGUUCGUCGAUGAUACAAACGUAUACCGUGUCACAAUCCACAAGACCUUCGAGGGUAAUUUAACAACUAAACCCAUCAACGGAGCUAUCUUCAUCUUCAAUCCCAGAACAGGUCAACUAUUCUUGAAAAUUAUUCACACGUCUGUGUGGGCUGGCCAAAAACGUUUGGGACAGUUGGCGAAGUGGAAGACUGCUGAGGAAGUAGCGGCUUUGAUUCGUUCUUUGCCAGUCGAAGAACAGCCGAAACAAAUCAUCGUCACGAGAAAAGGUAUGUUGGAUCCGCUCGAAGUACAUCUGCUCGACUUCCCCAAUAUCGUCAUCAAGGGAUCCGAGUUGCAACUGCCUUUCCAGGCUUGCUUAAAGGUUGAAAAGUUCGGUGAUCUCAUCUUGAAGGCUACUGAACCUCAGAUGGUGUUGUUCAACUUAUAUGAUGAUUGGCUUAAGACGAUUUCGUCUUAUACAGCCUUCUCGCGUCUUAUUCUCAUCCUUCGAGCUCUACACGUCAAUACCGAGAGAACAAAGGUUGUACUCAAACCAGACAAAACAACAAUUACCGAGCCACAUCACAUCUGGCCUUCGUUAACAGAUGACGAAUGGGUAAAGGUUGAAGUACAAUUGAAGGAUCUCAUUCUCGCCGAUUAUGGAAAGAAGAACAACGUGAAUGUUGCUUCACUCACGCAAUCUGAAAUCCGUGAUAUUAUUCUUGGUAUGGAGAUCAGUGCUCCGUCCGCACAACGACAACAGAUCGCUGAAAUCGAAAAACAAACAAAGGAGCAGUCGCAACUUACCGCUACCACUACGAGAACCGUCAACAAGCACGGAGACGAAAUCAUUACCGCAACUACUUCAAACUACGAGACGCAGUCUUUCAGUUCAAAAACGGAAUGGCGUAUUCGAGCGAUUUCAGCCACAAAUUUGCAUUUGCGAACGAAUCACAUCUACGUUUCGUCCGACGAUAUCAAGGAGACUGGCUACACGUAUAUUUUGCCGAAAAACGUUCUUAAGAAAUUCGUCACGAUCUCAGAUUUACGUGCUCAGAUUGCGGGAUAUUUGUACGGAGUAAGCCCACCUGACAAUCCUCAAGUAAAGGAAAUUAGAUGUAUUGUAAUGCCUCCUCAAUGGGGUACACAUCAAACUGUACAUUUACCACAUAUGCUACCAAAUCAUCAAUACCUCAAAGAAAUGGAACCGCUUGGAUGGAUACAUACUCAACCCAAUGAAUUGCCACAAUUAUCACCUCAAGAUAUAUCAACGCAUGCAAGAAUAAUGGCGGAGAAUUCUUCAUGGGAUGGAGAGAAAACUAUUGUGAUAACUUGCAGUUUUACGCCUGGUUCCUGUUCUCUUACUGCAUAUAAACUUACGCCCAGUGGAUUCGAAUGGGGAAAACAAAACACAGACAAGGGUAAUAAUCCUAAAGGAUAUCUUCCUAGCCAUUACGAGAAAGUUCAGAUGCUGUUAUCUGAUAGAUUCCUUGGAUUCUUCAUGGUACCAAGCCAAGGAUCAUGGAAUUACAACUUCAUGGGUGUAAGGCACGAUCCCAGCAUGAAGUAUGAGCUCCAGUUAAUAAAUCCAAAAGAAUUCUAUCAUGAGGUACAUCGACCAGCUCAUUUCCUGAACUUUGCCAGUUUGGAAGACGGUGAUGGAGUUAGUGCCGAUCGAGAAGACAUGUAUGCUUAAUAUAUUAAGAAAUUUAACUAUAAGACACUUAUGUAAAUAGUUUUGCUUAGAAUGUAAACUGUAAAAUAACCGACUAUAUGGGCAUGAUAAUAUUGUAAUUACAUUUUUACAGAAAGUGAGUACAAUUUACAAUGUAAAUUAGAUAAUUAAUUUUCACGAAAUAUUACAUUAGUAAUUUCCUUACUGUUCAAGUUCAUAUUUAUUUAGGCAUUUAUCAUGUCCCAAAUAUUUAAUUAUAAAUUCGUUUUUUAAAUAAUAAAGAAGAAUUUUUAAAAA